UUUUAUUUUAUCAAAUUUUCCCAUUUUGAUCCACCGUUUCCUUUCAACCUUCACUUUCGUUCUCCAAUGGCGAGGAAGGAGAAUCAGACUCUCAUAAUUACAGACAAAAACCAGAUGAGGACAUGGGCGAAAUCGAUGAGAUCUUUACUCAAUACCAUCGCCCUCGUUCCCACCAUGGGUUCCCUUCACGACGGCCAUCUUUCUCUAAUCCAAGAAGCUCGCAACCAUUCACAUCUCGUCGUCGUCUCUAUCUACGUUAACCCUAGCCAAUUUGCCCCUUCCGAGGAUCUCUCAACCUAUCCUUCAGAUUUCGACGGCGACAUUCGGAAGCUCAAUGCUGUUCCUGGAGGAGUUGAUGUCGUUUUCCAUCCUCACAAUCUCUACGACUAUGGAGUUGAAUCAGCUACGGAUUGUGCUGGAAUGGCCGACGUUUCUUGCUUGGAGGAAUCCGGUUCAAGCCAUGAGACAUGGGUGAGGGUUGAGCGUUUGGAGAAGGGCAUGUGCGGGAGAAGUAGGCCUGUUUUCUUUAGAGGGGUUGCUACCGUUGUUGCUAAGUUAUUCAAUAUUGUGGACCCUGAUGUUGCCUUGUUUGGGAAGAAGGAUUAUCAGCAAUGGCGAAUUAUCAGGCGGAUGGUUCGAGAUCUUGAUUUUUCUAUAAACAUUUUGGGGUUUGAAACCGUGCGUGAUGCUGAUGGUCUUGCAAUGAGUUCUCGCAAUGUGCGGCUCUCACCUGAAGAAAGACAAAAGGCAUUGUCUAUAAACAGAUCAUUGUCAAAAGCAAAAUCUGCAGCAGAACGAGGUGAACUCAAUUGCAAAAGAUUAAAAAACUUGGUUGUCGAUGAAAUACAAGAAGCUGGCGGAGAACUUGAUUAUGCUGAGAUUGUGGAACAAGAGAGUUUAGAGGUGGUGGAGGAGAUCAAGAGCCCAGUUGUGAUCUUGAUUGCAGCUUGGUUUGGCAAAGUCAGGCUCAUAGACAACAUUGAAAUAAACAUUUGAGUAUUUACCCUUUUCUUUCCAUUUUCUUUAAGCCUUUUGAAAGCAUUGCACAUCUAGGGCUGGAGUUAAAACCAUUUUUGUCUAUGAGGAUUUUGAAAAUUGACAAAAGUGAUUUUAACCCUUUAGAAUUAUAUUCGAAAUGUCUUUUUACUUGUUUGUCUUACGUAGGAUUGAUAACGGAGAGGGGUAAACUCCUUUUUAUUUGUACUAGAAUAACUUAAAUUAAAGAUUCCAAUGGAGAUGAAAAAAAUAAAGAGAAGUCUUGUUGCUCGUUCA